AUGAGUGAUCAGUCCUCGCAAGCGGGUCCCAGCUCGACCCCGCUCUUCAAGAAGCGCAGCAAAGCGCACUCGACCUCUCGCAUCUCUUCCAGCGUCAUCGACGAUCAACCAUCGACUUCUACAACACCGCCAGAAUCCACCAACGACGACGAGGACCUAUCAGUAGCAGACCUCAUCGCUCUCCGCUCCCUCUCGCGCAAACCCACCGGCACCGAGCUCGAACGGCUCAACAAGGGCGAACGGCGGCGCAAAAAGGGCCAGAACUCAAAAACCGCAUCGCAACUGGAGGAAGAACGAUGGGAGCAGCAGAUGAAGAACGGUGGAUUGAUGGAUCGAGCAGAAGAAGAGAGCGACGACGACGCAGACGCAAACAAACCACGUCGUCUGGUUCGCAAAAACAACUUUCAAGGUGAAACGGGUACCGUCGACGUCGACAAGCACAUGAUGGCCUACAUCCAACAGGAGAUGUCCAAACGAAACCCCCAUUCCAGCGCCAUCGACGAUGAAACCGCCACAGACACUGCUGCCACAGCGAACCCGCAAGACUCGCUCUACGCGCUAGCCGAAAAGUAUCGACAACUGCAACGCUCCGUCAAACCCGAACUCUCAGAAGAGCAGCGAGAAGGAAACGUCGCACUCUCUUCGCAGAUGUUGACGUCCGUUCCGGAGGUGGACUUGGGGAUUGAUACGCGGAUGAACAACAUUCAACAGACGGAGGCGGCCAAACGCAAGCUCGCAGAACAGCAGCGAACUUCGACGAGGGACGAGAGCGAUUCGGCGUAUGCCCAGGCUCGAUUUCAACACGCAAAGCCACGCAACGAGGGAGGGUACGCAAAGCAGAUGGCUACCGAUCAGGUGGUAUUGGAUCGGUUCAGGAAGCGACAGCGAAAUUUUCGAUAG